AUGGAAGACGCCGUAUACAACAAAAACGACGACACGAACAUCGCUCUCGUCGUCAACGCAACCCUCAUCGACAUCUACAACGGCGAAAAAAUUACCGUCCACGAAGGGCAACCAUGGGCUUACAAAUUCUCCAUCCCCCAAUGGCCAGAAGGUCAGAAUAUACUAAUCGGACGUGGAAAAGCUGAACUCGAAAUCGGGAUGGGAUACAUGUUACACGGACACCUCUCGAUCAACGAAGGCAAAAAUUGGACGCGUACUGCAUUUGAAGUCGACGACGCGGUAGAAUUAUGUAGCACUGCUAGGCAAGAAGAAAAGUGUCCACAAUUUCGUCUUUCUGGUUUUGUGCUUGAGGCUAAGAAUGGAUGGAUGACUUUGGGUUGGGAGAGAGUUGAUGAUGACGUGGGAAAUUUUGCGUGGGUUUACGUGAGGGUUCGGUGGGAGACGGCAAAUGAAGAUAUGCUGUUUAAGCAGUAUUAUGUGGAGGGUCAUAUGAAUGGGUAUGAUCGCAUGAACGAUUGGGUUGCGACUUUAGUCACUCUUGCUCCAUGA